AUGCUUCCCGUCGUCGCCCUCGCAGCUCUGCUGCCCCUGAUCAACGCUGCUCCUGCUGAUGUCAAGCGGGCCGAUGCCUGCACUUUCACCGAUGCUGCUUCUGCUAUCAAGGGCAAGGCCUCUUGCACUACCAUCACCCUCAACAACAUUGCUGUCCCUGCCGGUACCACGCUUGACUUGACCAAGCUGAAGACUGGCACUAAGGUCAUCUUCCAAGGUACUACUUCCUUCGGCUACAAGGAGUGGGAGGGACCUCUCAUCUCGGUGUCGGGCACCGAUAUCACCGUCACUGGCGCCUCAGGCCACGUCAUUGAUGGCAACGGUGCUAAGUGGUGGGACGGCAAGGGCUCCAACGGUGGAAAGACCAAGCCCAAGUUCUUCUACGCCCACUCCAUGAAGCAGUCCACCAUCCAGGGCCUGAACGUCAAGAACUCCCCAGUUCAGUUCAUGAGCAUUAACUCGGCCACCGACCUUAACGUCAUUGACGUGACGUACGACAACUCCGCUGGUGACUCUGGCGAGCUUGGCCACAACACGGAUGCCUUUGAUGUUGGCUCCUCCCAAAACAUCUUGAUCUCCGGUGCCAACGUGAAGAACCAGGACGAUUGCCUGGCCAUCAACUCUGGCACCAACAUUACCUUCACCGGCGGCUCCUGCAGCGGUGGCCACGGUCUGUCCAUCGGCUCUGUUGGCGGCCGUAGCGACAACACCGUUGACACUGUGGUCAUUUCGAACAGCAAGAUCAGCAACUCGGACAACGGUGUUCGUAUCAAGACCGUCUCCGGUGCUACUGGCAAGGUUACCGGCGUCACCUACAGCGGCAUCACCCUGAGCAACAUCGCCAAGUACGGUAUUGUCAUCGAGCAGGACUACGAGAACGGCAGCCCCACUGGAACCCCCACCACCGGUGUCCCCAUCACUGACCUGACCGUCACCAAUGUCAAGGGCACCGUCGCCUCCUCUGGCACCAACGUCUACCUGCUUUGCGGCAAGGGUUCCUGCUCCAACUGGAAGUGGUCCGGCAACAGUGUUACCGGUGGAAAGGCGAGCACCAAGUGCCAGAACAUCCCCAGCGGCGGCGCUGCUUGCUAA